CCAAAAGCAACGGUGUUGGGCAUGGCAUUCUCUCCAGUCUGGAUCUACACAAUCCCUCGGGUUCCAUGUAUCCAUCGAUUUUUGCCCUUCGCACUCCGGUUCCAUUAACGGUUGAUUCACAAGAUGGAAAGGACUUCGCAGCACGCAAUCUCAACAUCUUCACACGCCUCCCCCCAGUACUCGUUGCAAAAAAUACUCGAACUCAACAUAUUCCGCCCACUCUAUAGCCAAGGGGCCGCAGACUAGGAAAAUGGCAGCUCAAAGAGGGAAAACGGAUAACUAAGACCAUACGAUAUAAAUAGUUCUUUAGGUUCUGCUCUACCGAUCUAUCCUAACCAUUAAGAUGUCGGAACCCCUUGCUCCGUACGACGGGAACUCAAUGCAACCUAAGCCUACGGAUGCCUCGACUGCCACCACACCUCCGCCUUAUGCUUUCCCCUCACCCACAACGCAAAGAUUGGAAUACGCCGACCUCGCUGUAAUAGAUCUCUCGAAAGCUUCCACAUCUGAAGGUAGUAAGGGGCUAGCGGGCCAACUAGCUCGAGCUAUGCACGAGCAAGGCUUUUUCUACGUCGUGAACCACGGCUACACUCAAGAGCAGACGAACCGAAUAUUCAGUAUCGCUAAUCAGACUUUCGACGGGGUCAGUCGGGAAGAGAAAGAACUAUACACUGGGGAAUCAGAAUCCAUUUAUGAAGGCUACAAACCAAAGCAGGCAUGGAAAAUCCAGAAUGGUGUUCGUGAUCAAAUCGAGCACUACAAUAUCAAUCGGGAUGUCAAUCGACACUCUCAUCCCGAGGCUCUUCGUCCAUUUACGGAUGAAGUAAAAGCAUUCGCUCACCACAAUCAUCACAAGGUUCUUGUGCCCAUACUACAACUUCUCGCUCUGGGUUUGGAACUGCCCGAAGACACCUUGGUGCGGGAGCACGAUUUCAAUGCCCCGGGAGAGUCUUCAGUGAGAUUUAUGAAAUACUUCCCUCGAUCCGCAGGGGAGGAAGAGAAAACAAAACAAGUAUGGCUAAAAGGUCAUACAGAUAUCGGCUCGAUUACAAUUCUCUGGUCCCAGCCCGUCGGCGGCCUUCAAAUCCUUUCUCCCGAUGGUCAAUGGCGAUGGGUCAGGCACAUGGAAAAUGCCUUGGUGAUCAACGCCGGCGACGCCAUCGAUUUCCUAUGUGGAGGGUACUACCCGGCUACCCGUCAUCGAGUUAUUCAGCCGCCUCAGGAUCAGAGGAACCUGGCUCGUCUGGGAGUCUUCUAUUUUGCUAUGGCGAAUGAUGAUGUGAAGCUUAAACCUCACGAGGAGAGUCCGAUAUUGGCCAGAGUUGGCAUAAAUAGGUUUUGCGACCCAGAGGAUGCUCCCACGAUGCGUGCGUGGAGAAAAGGUCGUACAGCUGCAUACGGCCGGAGUAAUCUAACUAUGGGGAAGGUAGCAGGCGUGGAGGAGGAAAUGAUUCAUGGCGUCCUUGUCAAGCAUUUCAACUAAGAAACUGAGGAAUGACGAGCGGAAGAGUGGAAGUUGAUCUAUAAACGCGCAGGAUCAUCGGCGUUGAAUAUUUGGGAGUGGGAACAGCUUUACAUAGUACGUGACGGUUUAUUUGGGUGAUUAUAGGGUGC